AUGAACGAUCAAUUAACCCUUUCUUACCAGCAGGGUUUUCAAGCCGGCUACCUAGCUGCCUUCCACGCCUCUCUUCAGAUAUUGCCCGAGCCCAUGCGGGCCGCCUUGCAAGCCGCUGCGGCACCUCCUGCCCAACGUGUCCAAAUACAGGUCGCUGAGAGCGCCGAUGUUUCCGCAGAUUUGGAGGUUGAUAUCUUUAACUUGCCUGAAGAGGGGGAAGAGGGGGAGGGGAAGGAAGAGGGCGAGGAAGAGAAGGAGGAGGAGGAUGAAGAAGAGGAAGAGGACGAAGAAGACGACGAGGAGACUGAAUCAGACACGCCUCCCCCCGCAUCCAAGCGCCGUUGUCCCCCGAGACCCGGCUACUACUAA